AUUUAAUUGUAAUAAUAUUGUUAUAUUUACAACAAUUGGUCUUUUUAUUUAUCAUUUUAAUGAAAAUAAUAAGUCAAUUUCCUUAAAUUAUUUUUAUUUUAUGGAUUUAUAUAUCAUGGAAGAUGAAGAACAAUAUAAGGAUAAAUUACAAUAUUAUAAAGAUGUAUUUUCAAAGCCUAAUUUACCUUUACCAAAUUAUGAUAGUUUCAAGUCAUUUGAUAAAUGGGUUUCAUAUAUAAUAGAUAAUAAGGAAAGUCUUUUGAAAUAUGGUGUUGAAUUAUUUACUUUUGCAAUUAAAGAACAUAAAUUAGAAUUAGUAGAAGUAAUCUAUAAAAAAUGUAUGUUUUAUUUUAAAAAGGAUUUAAAAAACAAUAGGGUAUUUUUGAGUGUUAUUACUUCUGCUAUGCCAAUAUUAAAUGAAUAUUAUCCAGAAUAUAUUUCAAGAUAUUCAUUAGAAACAACUAUGAUUAUAGAUUCCCCUUUUUAUAGUAUAAAUCACAAAAAAAAUAAUUUACAUCUUCAUUCUUUUUCCCUAAAUUUUCAAAUAAUUGAUUUAAGUUUUUUUAUUUUGAUAAAAUAUUCCCAUUUAUUGAAAAUAACCUUAAAAGCUGCUCAUAUUUUUAAUCAAUAUUUUUCAAAAUCUUCAAAACAUACAUUAAUACCAAUGAUUACUUUUAUGAUUCCUUAUAUUAAAUUUAAUAAUUAUUCACAAAAUUAUAAUUGGCUUUUGAAAUCUAGUCCAUUUACUAAAACAAUAAGUAAAGAAAUAUUUAAAACAUGGAAUGGAGAAGCAUUAAUUAACUUUAAAUGGAAUGCUUAUGGAAAAUAUUAUUAUUAUACAAUUUGGAUUGGAUUUCUUGCUUUAUUUGGAUGUUUUAUUGCUGCAAUUUAUUGUAAUGAUAAUAUUCGAAAUCCACUUUUAAUCAUUUCAAUUAUACUUGGAUUUUUUCAUUUGUUUUUUGAAAUUCUUCAAAUUAUAUAUAAUCCUAUUAAAUGGUUUUAUGAUCCUUGGAACUGGUUUGAUAUAUUUGUAUAUUUACUUCCAACAUACACUUCUAUUUAUUGGUUAGUAAACCAUAAUAAAAAUGAUUGGAUAGUUCAAUUACUAUUUUAUUCAUGUUUAUUAUUAGAUUUAAAGUUAUUAUUAUUUUUUAGAAUAUUUAAAUCUUAUGGUAUAUAUUUUUCACUUAUUAUUAAUAUUAUAAAAGAAGUAUAUUUUUCUUUAAUAAUCUUAAUGAUUAUUAUUAUAAUAAGUUUUGCACAUGCAACUAAUAUUUUACUAUCACAAGAUUUUAAAACUACAGUUUUUGCAAUAUACUUGUUUUUUAUUGGUGAUUCAAAUGCAUUAUUCAAUUUAUCAGAUGAAAAAAAACCAACAUUUCUAAUAUUGACAGUUUUCUUUACAUUAUUGAUUAUUAUAUAUUUUUUAAUUGUGUUUAUCAAGUUAUUUAGUGAAAUAAAUCAAUAUCAAAAUCAAAAUAAUAAUUUUAAAAUCCUACAAUUGAUGUUAAAGGUUAAGAUCUUAAUUAAAAUUGAGUUAUUUUACUUAACAUCAUAUCAAAAAUAUUGGAAGGCAUGGUUUCCUGAAGUAAUAUAUUAUUAUGCUGAUGUUAAUAAAUCUCAAAAAAAAAUUAUAGAAAUAAUUAGAAAAAAUGAAUGGAAUAUUGAUGAAUCUUUAAAAAUAGAUCAAAAUUUAUUAAAAGCACUUAAAAUUCAACAUAAUUCUAUUAUAAAAGAAUUUGAACAAAUAGUUUAA